AUGUCCACCCUCGACGCAGUCACCCCCCCAAAGCCCUCCUCCCUCCCACACCACAUCGUCGCCAGCCUCCUUGUCAAUCUCGACUCCCAGGCCGACCAGCUCAGAGCCAAGAAGCAGGGCGGCCUCGAUCUCGAAGGGCUGCUGUACUUUCAGCGCGCUGCCAACUACAUCGCGGCGGCGCAGAUCUUUCUACACGCAAACGGUCUUCUUUCCGAACCUCUCGAGGUAUCCCACGUCAAGAACAGGCUCCUUGGCCACUGGGGUACUUGUCCCGGCCUCAACUUUGUCUACGCCCACACCAACCUGCUAAUCAGCAACCACCAAGAAGAGAAGAAUGCCCCCGAGUUCAUGUUUUUGACUGGCCCCGGUCACGGAGCACCAGCUAUACUCUCCACUCUGUUUAUGGAAGGAUCUAUCACCAGGUUCUAUCCAGAAUACCCCAUGUCAAGGGAGGGUCUUGAAUACUUUAUUCGCUCCUUCAGCAUGCCCGGAGGCUUUCCCAGUCACGUCAACGCAGAGACGCCUGGAGCUCUUCACGAGGGUGGCGAACUUGGCUACGGACUUGCAGUGGCCUAUGGCAGUGUAAUGGACAAGCCAGACCAUAUCACGGUCGCUGUGAUAGGCGACGGCGAAAGCGAGACCGGCCCUACCGCCACAGCUUGGCACGCACACAAGUACAUCGACCCUGCAGAGAGUGGGGCCGUGAUCCCGAUUCUUCAUGCAAAUGGCUACAAGAUUGGAGAGAGGACCAUCACUGGCGCCAUGGACGACCUGGAGCUUGCCUGCCUUUUCACCGGUUACGGAUAUCAAGUACACAUCGUCGAGUACGGCUCCAAGUCUCCCGAAGAAGCUUCUGAUCAUGAGCACGACAUCGCCGUGCAGUACGACAUGGCCGUCGCCAUGGAGUGGGCGUACCAGGAAAUCCAAAAAAUCCAAUCAGCUGCGCGAAGUGGAAAGCCCAUUGUCAAGCCCAGGUGGCCCAUGAUUGUCAUGAGAACGCCCAAGGGGUGGACUGGACCACGAAAGGCCGAAGGCAAGCUGGUUGAGGGCAACUGGAGAGCGCACCAAGUACCCCUUCCGAGUGCCGGCGCCAAGGGAGAGGAAUUUGACCUCCUCAAGAGCUGGCUCGAGUCGUACGGUCCAGAUGAACUCUUCCACGCUCGAGGCAUCAUUGAUAGCAAGGCUGUCAGGAUCAUUCCAAGAGACCAAGAGCGAAGGAUGGGCAUGGUCAACGCCACUUAUCGCGAUUUCAAACCUCUCAAGACACCUUCUUGGAAAGACUAUGCCCAUCCAAUCGACGAGGAAAUCUCCAACAUGAAAGCCGUUGGUGAAUAUGUGGCCAAGGUCAUCGAGCUGAAUCCCAAAGAGUUCCGAAUCUUCUCGCCAGACGAGAUCAGCAGCAACAAGCUUGAUGCCGCUUUCAAGGUCACACAGAGAAACUUUCAAUGGGACCCAGAGACUGCAAACAAGGGCGGGCGUGUCAUUGAGAUGCUCUCGGAGCAUACACUCCAAGGUUGGCUCCAGGGUUAUACUCUCACCGGAAGACACGGUCUUUUCCCGUCCUACGAGAGUUUCCUUGGCAUUGUACAGACAAUGAUUGAGCAAUACGCCAAAUUCAUCAAGAUGGCAUUGGAGACCAAGUGGCGCGGUAAUGUGGCUGGAUUGACUUAUAUCGAGACCAGUACUCUGUGGCGACAGGAACACAAUGGGUACUCUCACCAGAACCCCGGCCUCAUUGGUUCCUUCAUCUCCUUGCCCCGAAACCUUGCAAGGAUCUAUCUCCCCCCCGACGCCAACACUAGCGUGGCUGUUGUGGAUCACUGCUUGAGAUCAAAGAACAAUAUCAACCUCGUGAUUGGGUCCAAGAACCCUACUAAAAGCUUCCUGACACCCGACGAAGCCGAGAGACACUGCAUCGCGGGUGCUUCUGUCUGGGAACGCUUUUCGUCAGACAAUGGCAUUGAUCCCGACGUUGUGCUGGUUGGCGCUGGUGUCGAGGUCACUUAUGAAGUGGUUGCAGCGGCGGCCCUACUGAGGAAUGAGGGCAUCAAGGUCAGAGUUGUCAAUGUCACCGACCUCUUGAUUUUGGGCCAGACCGGCGUGCAUCCCCACGCACUCACACAGGACAUGUUUGACAGUCUGUUCACUGCCGACAAGCCUGUCAUUUUCAAUUUCCAUGGAUAUCCCAAGGACGUCUCUGGCCUUCUCUUUUCGAGAAGGGCCCAUGUUGGAAGGUCUAGAGCAAGUUCUUAUUCUGUUCUGGCCGACACCAAUACUGACUCUGCAUUGCAGUUUGACAUACUUGGGUAUAUCGAGGAGGGCUCGACUACCACUCCAUACUCCAUGCUUCGUCUCAAUGACGUAUCACGAUAUUCUUUGGCCGAUGUCGCCGUGCAGCGAGUCAGUCGCGCCCAGCCCAACCAUCCCGUCACUGUCAGGGCCCACGCGCUCAGCAGUUACUGGAAGCACGUCCUUGUUGAACACGACAAGUAUACCAAGGAUCACGGUGACGACCCCGCCUGGUGCAAGGAAAUUCCCGAGAUUCGAGAGGACGCAGCUUGA